CUGUAAUCGGGUGCUAUGACAAAUCUCACGAAUGAUUUGCUGCAAUCUGCCGACAGAAUCUGCUCGCAUUGGAAUCUGUCCAAAAUUGAUGGUACGUUUUCGUCGAAAACGUAAUGCGUUACGCGUUCACGCAACGAACGACGAGUGCUAGGCGUAUCCCGUAUAUCAACCAGUGAGACAUGAUUUAAUGGUUAUGAAGAUAAUGUAUGUGUACGACGACGCAAGAGGGAAUAAUUGGCCAGUCAGACGAAAGAAAGCUCAUGGAGAACGAAAAUAAUUCUAAUAAAGAUACCACCUAUCAAGAAAAAUCAAAGAUUUUUGUAAUCAAAGACACACCGGAAGAAGAAAAAUUUUCAAUAAAAGAAACAAAUUCUUUCCAAAAAGAAGCAAUGAAGGAGAAUAAUGGAAUAUUAAAAAAGACGACCACAUCAGAAUCCUUUCCUAAGAAAGCCGAGAAAUAUGAUAAAUCAAAACGUGAGAUUAAUCAGGAAAUCAAUCCAGGAAAAAUUGGCGAUAUGGCGACGGUGACGACCGAUAAACAUCGAUGUCAACGUCCUCUUCGUGAUAUAAUUGGCAAACGAGCGCAGCGUAGAGGAGAAUUAGAAAAGAUGGAAGAAGAUCUGCGACAACGUCUGGAUAUGCUUGAAUGUUCGAUACCGGCGGUGAUGAUAUGGAAUAUUUGGAAUAUUAUGUCACAAGGCGCGCCUAUCUGCAGGGUCAAGCGUAUUCUGGAGAAACAAUUUAAAGACACGAGGGAACUCUCUUGUCGCAGCACACCGAGCUGUCAUUAUGAUUACAGGGUACGAGAAGUUGAGGCAGAAAGAAAAUUGGCGUUGAAAAAGGUGGAGGAAGCGCGAAUUCUUUGCUCAGAGAAACUCGCAACGUUAGAAGAAAGAAAAAGAAAACUUGACGAAGCCAGGAAGAUUCAGGAGGAACAAAAAAACGCGAUAGAACAGUUAAAUGAAGAAAAUAGAAUGCUGCAAGAAGCGAUGAAAAGGAAAACAAUAGAAAUAGACGAAUCGUGCGAGUGCGAUGACAUACAAUGUAAACAGAGACAUCUCAGCAAAGUUUCUAGCCUGACGUCCAUCGAGUCCGGAGACAUUCAGUGUCUGGAGAAGCUACAACGAUUUGCGGAAGAGGAGGUGAUAACAAAGCGAGAAAUAGCCGAGUUAGAACGCCGUGAGGAAGCUUACAUGAGAACACUUCAGCAGGCCGAUGAAUUGUGGUCAAAAAUGGAGGGCGACAUGGUCAGUACAACGAGCGCAUUGCAAGAACAAUUGGACAUGAAAACUACCGCCAAUCAACAACUUGCGAAUCGUGUAUGCGAAUUGGAAGAUGCGCUCGAGAAGUGCCGAGGAAGACUAGUCGCGUGUAGAACAGAACUAGAGAAGUUUCUAAGUAUUGAAACAGUUGAAGCUACGAUAGGUCGCGACGAUGACGUUGCGAAAGUGGCAGAUAAGGAAGUUGCGGUAAAGGCUAAAGUCGUGCAUCGGCCAAUCGGUAGGAUAGAUGACAUAGCCACAGUAAAAGACGACGAAGUUCUUGCGAAGGUCGAAGUUGCGGAUGAGGGAAUACUAGCGGAGACCAAAGUCGUGGACGAGGAAACGUUAGCAAUAAUCGAAGUUGAGGAUAAGGAAGCGUUAGUAAUAACCGAAGUCGUGGACGAGGAAGUGUUAGCAAUAACCGAAGUUGAAGAUAAAGAAGCGUUAGCAAUAACCGAAGUCGUGGAUCGACUAAUCGGUAGGACAGAUGAUAUAGCCACAGUAAACGACGAAGUUCUUGCGAAGGUCGAAGUUGCGGAUGAGGGAAUACUAGCGGAGACCAAAGUCGUGGACGAGGAAGCGUUAGCAAUAACCGAAGUUGAGGAUAAGGAAGCGUUGGCGAGAAUCGCCCUGCCCGACGUUGAUAUAGAACCACCUUUUAUCGUGGACGAUAAGUUCGUCUCAGUUAAACCCGACUUGGUUGAUCUUGCUGUCGAUCGACCGGUAGAUCUUGUACAAAUCGAAGAUGCGGAAAGUAUAGUUCCACCGGAAGACGUAGCUUAUGAGCAACAGAGAUUUCAAGAAGUUCGAGAAUAUUUGGGGGAAUUAGGCUCAUUAGAAGAGCUGUAUACAGAUGACGGCGUGCCGUGUGCACCUACUUUCAUAUGCAACGAUGUGGUGACGUCACCUACCGGUAUGACAGAUGAGGAACUUAUUGCGUUGAGUGUGGAACAUCCUGUACUAACAAAGGAACGUGAUGAAACCGUGAUUGCCGAGGAACGAGAGAGGCAAUUUGAAAAAGAAUUAGUAAAAAAAUUAGACAACGCUGUUGACGAGGUUGAAAAAAGAGAAAAGAAAGAAGAUGAAAUCCCUGGCGUUGAUAUUGAGAGAAAAAUUGUCGAGAAAGUGGAAAAACGGAUCGCUGAAGACGUAGACGUUAGAGAAACUGUAACAUUACGGGCAAGCGAAGAAGAUGAUGAUAGGCCGGUAACGAUGCCGAAAGACCGAGUGCCGGAAGUAAACAAAAUCAAGGCUGCAAAUGAACAAAAUCAGGACAUCGUGAUACAACGGAAGACGAUCCUAUCGUGGAUUGAUGCAAUCGAUACAAUUCGCACGACAGCAGCGAAACAUCCUGAAUGUCAUGAAGUAGAGAAAGAUGCUGAUAUCUUAUCAGAACAAGUUGGCUCGUAUAUUGGGGAUAAAGAAUUGAAACCUGUGAUAAAAAUGGAUUCCGAACCAUUCGUUGAUGAAAAAGAGAAAGACAUACCAACAGAAAUAAAAAUAAAAGAACCAACUGUGUACAUAACCGAGGUAGAAAAAUUCAAACCCGACAAAUUUCCUGUCGCAGAUGCUGAAAAAGCACCGAUUACAAAAGCAAUAGAAGAAAAAAUUAAAAUGGAAGAGCCUACACCUGUUUUGAAUGGAAAAGAAGAUUCAUUGUUUUUGGACGCGGCAAUCAAAGAAGAAAUCAAAAAUGAAAAACCCGCAAUAAAAAAAGAAGAGAUUGAAACCGCAGAACCGCUACCGAUUGCCGAAAUAGAAAAAAAUGAAGUCACAGAACUGUCACCAAUUGAGAUCAUGGAAAAAAAAGAAAAAGAUGAAGCCGUAAAGUUGCCACCAAUUUCGGAUAUAGUAAGAGAAGAAAAAAUUGAAACCGUAGAAUUACCAUCGAUUUCGGAUAUAGCAAAAGAAGAAAAAAUUGAGGCCGCAGAGGUUUCACCGAUUACGGAUAUAGUAAAAAAAGAACAAAUUGAAGCAAAAGAAUUAUUACCACGUACGGAUGUAGUAAUAGACGAAAAGAUUGAAAUAAUUCAGCCAAUACCAACAUUACCAACGAUAAAAAAAGAAAUGGAAGAGGAGAUCGAAGACCUGGAAAAAAUGCUUGAAGUAGAAAUUAAAAAAGAAAAAGAUGAAGAAAUAGAAGAAGUUCCACUGCCGGAAGAAGUUAUACCGUCUAUCGAAUUAUUUGAAAAGAAGGAAGAAGAAGAAAUACCUCAAAUAAAAAAAGAGGAAAUUCCGACAAUAGCCCCGCUGCUCCAACCAACACCGAAAAUAGAAAAAGAAGUACCAGAAGAGAAAAGGCCAGAAAUGAUCCAGAUAAAUUUAACAAUUCCAAUUGCUGAGAUAAAACCGACCGAAAUGGAAGUACCAGCGAUACCAUUCGAUUCAAGAUUAGUGGCACAACCGUAUCUAAUCAUAGCGAAGAUCAAAGAGAAGGAACUAUUGCAGACUAUACCCGCGAAGCUACCAUGUACGGAAUGUUGUUUGCAACCACCGACCGAGACCACGAAGCAGUUCGAGAUUCCGCAAAUUGAUAUACCUCAAAUCGAAGUCGUACAAACCGAAGUUAUACAAUCCGAGGUCGUACAAACCAAAAUGCAAACCGAGAUCGUACAAAAUGAGGUCGAACAAGCCAAAAUUGUACAAACCGAAGUUAUACAAUCCGAGGUCGUACAAACCAAAAUGAUGCAAACCGAGAUCGUACAACAUGAGGUCGAACAAGCCAAAGUUGUACAAACCGAGAGCGUCAAAACUGAAGUUGUACAAAUAACUUCGCAAACAAUUUCGACCUCUGAACCGCCCCGUAUACGAAAUACUAGUGAAUAUUUAAAACCAGCCGUGCUAAAAGCAUCGAGAACUGAAAACGCUGGCGACCGUCCUGAAAUAACCGGCCGAAAAAUGCUCUGGCGCAAACGCUUAAAGGACCAAUCGACCGUCACGACUUCCAGCACCGGAUCACAGACGGAUAAAACAAGCCACGUUAGCCACGAUCGAGUUGUAAGAGAUGAAAGAGAACGCGCGAGAGUGCCCACGGAUGAACUUUUACAAUCUAUAAAGAUCGCCGCCGGGAUAGCGCGACCGGACACAGAACGCGAGAUUAGGACAAUUAAUUAUGGCGGGAAGUCCGACGAAACGGGCAAAGCAGCUUGUAACUGUUGUACAUGUGGUAAAACUCCAACUCCGCCGUCGACAAAAUAUAAAUUAGAGGUUCAACCGCAGAUAGAUGCAACGCCUCCGGCGGCAGCUAUGCUCAAGCGUAUGUUUAUUCGCCCUAAAAUCGAUCAACCGAUAUUGCAUGAUAAAUUGUGUAGCGAUUGCAAAGUGAAAAUACAGAGCAAGAUGCUGCAAGAAAAACACAAGAAGAUCAUCAAGAAAAUUUCUCAUGAUCAGGAGAGCUGCAGCUAUGUGUCACUGUCUAGUGAAUCAUACCGUGCGAUAUCUCAAAAAAGAGUAAUCAAAAAAAGGGACCAGGGUUGCUUAGCCAAAAUACCUAAGCAGAAGAUUAAUCCUAUCGCACAAAAAAGAAAAGAUAAUUUACAGUCAAUUUCAGAGGAAAAAUCGACCGUGGAACCGCUAUCCGAAAGUUGCAUUUGCUUCAAAUUAGAGAAAACUGGCGUAGAACCAAUUAAAAAAGGAAACUGCUAUUGUGGAGAUUAAACACACGUAUUUAUCAUUAUUUUAUUCAAUCAGUCGUAUAAUAACAUAUAUAUUGUUUAAUUAAAUAUUUGAGUUGAUAUUAUAUCGUAGCAUUUAUUUUGCCAAUAAUUUUAUCCAUUCAAUAAUAUGAAUAAUAUUAAAAUAAUACGCUACAAAAAAAUAUGUGCAGCCACAGUAUAAGCUGUAAAAAUGCUAGAAAAUGCUAUAAAACGUUAUGAUAGUGAUAAAGUGAUAAAAAGUUUGAAAGAGUGGCUAGCAACAGAAUCAUGAAUAAAAUGUGAAAAAUGCAUCACAGAAUUUAAUCAGAGUUUACGUGAGCGAACUCUUGUGUUAGAUUUCUGGUUGAGACAACGCCAGUAAAAAAUGGAAGGAUAUAAAAGAUGAAAAAAGAGAUACGUAGUAUGUAAUUUUCGAUAAUAUCUUUACAAUGAUAUACUAUAUGCGAACAAUUUCAUUAUAUGAAUAAAUGCUUCUCCUCGUGCUUUUAAUUCAUUCGCUGUAGCGUAUAG